AUGGAAAACUACACAUUCAACAGCAUCACCCUGCAGCUGGAGGGGUUGAAGGUCACAGAGGUCUCUGUGUACCCGGUCUUUUUCUUCUUCUUGCUCUCCUACCUGCUCAUCAUCCUCAUGAACGUGGGCAUCGUGGUCCUGGUCUUCAUUGACGAGAACCUGCACCAGCCCAUGUACCUGCUCUUCUGCAACCUGCCCGUCAACGACAUCGUCGGGAACUCCAUCAUGCUGCCGCGGCUGCUCUCGGACAUUUUGCGGCCGCCGUCCGAGCGCCUCAUCAGCUACUACGAGUGCGUGCUCCAGGCGUUCACCACACACAUGUUCGGCACCACGUCCCACACGGUGCUCAUGAUCAUGGCCUUCGACAGAUACGUGGCCAUCUGCAACCCCCUGCGCUACGCCGCCAUCAUGACCAACAAGACGGUGGUGAAGCUGACGGCAUCUGCCUGGGGCGUGGCCUUUGUUCUGGUCGGGAUUUUGCUCGGCCUGACCAUCCGGCUGAACCGAUGCAGGACUCUGGUCACGAACCCUUUCUGUGACAACGCCUCGCUGUUCAAGCUCUCCUGCGAGAGCGUGUUCAUCAACAACAUCUACGGCCUCACGUUCACCGUGGUGCUGUUCUCGUCGUCCAUCGGCAGCAUCGUCCUCACGUACACGCAGAUCAGCGUGGUCUGUCUGACAAGCAAGAACAAGUCUCUGAACAGCAAGGCCCUGAAGACCUGCAGCACUCACCUGGUGUUGUAUCUCAUCAUGCUGAUCAGCGGCUUCAUCGUCAUCAUCCUGCACCGAUUCCCCCAGUACUCAGAGUACAGGAAGCUGUCGGCCAUUUUGUUUCACCUGGUCCCCGGCAGCCUCAACCCACUCAUUUACGGCGUUCAGUCAAAAGAGAUCAGGAAAUUUCUGUCGAAACUGUUUCAGCCUAAAAAAGCUGUACCUUUAUGAUCAUUUUAAACACAGCAAAUUAUGAAAAUGGAAGAGUAGAACAUUUUAAAGUCAGAAUUCUGAUUCUAAAUUUACUUUUCUUUCUUUCAAAAAGUCUU